GCGGAAGAGUGCGGGAGCAAGAUGGCUACUACCAAGCGGGUGCUGUACGUGGGUGGACUUGCAGAGGAGGUGGAUGACAAAGUUCUUCAUGCUGCUUUUAUCCCUUUUGGAGACAUCACAGAUAUCCAGAUUCCUCUGGAUUAUGAAACAGAAAAGCACCGAGGAUUUGCUUUUGUUGAAUUUGAGUUGGCAGAGGAUGCUGCAGCAGCUAUCGACAACAUGAAUGAGUCUGAGCUCUUUGGACGGACAAUUCGUGUCAAUUUGGCAAAACCCAUGAGGAUUAAGGAAGGCUCUUCCAGACCAGUUUGGUCCGAUGACGACUGGUUGAAGAAGUUUUCUGGGAAGACUCUUGAGGAAAAUAAAGAGGAAGAAGGGUCAGAGCCUCCCAAAGUGGAAGCCCAGGAGGGAGAGCCCGCUGUAAAAAAGGCCCGGUCAAACCCUCAGGUGUACAUGGACAUCAAGAUUGGGAACAAGCCAGCAGGCCGCAUCCAGAUGCUCCUACGUUCAGACAUCGUUCCCAUGACAGCAGAGAAUUUCCGCUGCCUGUGCACCCAUGAGAAGGGCUUUGGCUUCAAGGGCAGCAGCUUCCACCGCAUCAUCCCCCAGUUCAUGUGCCAGGGCGGCGAUUUCACCAACCACAAUGGCACUGGGGGCAAGUCCAUCUACGGGAAGAAGUUUGACGAUGAAAACUUUAUUCUCAAACACACGGGAACAGCCUCCACGUCACCGUCUGCCUCAGCUGAUGCUUGGCCUCCUGCGUCUGUCCACACAUGCCCGCUCUGACUUCCCUCCAAGUACAGGGGUUGGGCUGUCUUCCCUCUGCUCGUGGCCUGGACCCCUACUCCUCUCCCCUACUUCGGAACCUGGCUUCUGUGGAUGUGCCCCUGCAGCCUUGUGUAAUGCAUUUCCCCUGCUCUGCUAGAUCAGUCCAUCAGAGCAAAAGUGCGCAGCGUCAAUCUUUCAAAAAAAUCUUUGACUCAUGUACCCCUCAGCUAUCACCCAUGCCUCUGGUCCCUAUUGUAAGCAAAACUUCUUGAAAAGGUUAUGUAGACUCCCUGCCUUCCAUUCUCUCUGUCACCCUCUAGACAGACUUCUAGUGCCACCUGUCCACUGAAACCACUCUUCUCAAAGAUGCUAGCAGCCUCCAUCUUGCCAAUAGUCAGUUCCUGGUCCUCAUUCCAUUCCCCUCCCAGCAGCAUUUACGCUCCUCCCUCUACUACCAGACGUCCUGAGGGCCGGGAGCAGGGUGGAGGGGGUCGAUGUGGUCGUUCUCUC